AUGCCGUCUUAGAAACACACGUUCAAAAACAUCUAGUCUCUAUUGCUAAUUGAACAUAAGAAACUCUACAGAGAAUAGAAGACUUUUCUUUUGAGCUUUCAUCAAUGGCAGAUGGGUCUCGAUCUCGAUCUGAAACUGAACAACUAAACCAAAGCCCCCAGGAGAGGGUAAGAAACCGCUUUCCUGGUCGCUCCAGAACGCUUUCUGGACAAGAGCUCCAAGAAGAAAGAACUGAACAAGAGCUCCAACAAAAUGAAAAUAGAGAGGCAGAAAAUACUGAUGAAAGCAACGAGACCAACAACAUGAAUGAGAAUUAUUUCUCUGCAAUUGACAGCACAGAUGUUGGGAUUCACCAUGCUUACAACGAAGAAGGCGGAGGUGGUGAUCAAGCAAUGAUGGGGAGAAACCACAACAUUUCUCACAAUAGAUUUUAUGCAAAAAACAGCCGUCAGGUUGGGAUUAGCAACGUUGGCAACAAGAACUACAACAAGUCGAGCGUACCAUUUCUUCUUGGUCUUCUUAUUCUUCUUGUUCUAGCUUUAUUUUUAUUUUUUUUCUCUUUUUAUAUAUUAACGGUGAGUAAGCAAAACAAAAAAUAAAGCAAGUGCCUUGAGUGAAAAAGAAGGCACGACCGAGAAGAAAAAGAAGAAGAAGACAAAAAUCAAUAAGUGAGAAAGAAAGGUUCAGCUUGGAGUUUCUCGUACUAUUACUUAGCGGAAGGGUUUGGAGAUGUAUGGCCACCAAAGCUCCUAUACUCAAACUUUUCUUUGCGUUCCUUUCUCUGAAUCUGAAUCUUAUUUCUCUUAUAUAUUUAUGUAUUUCUUCUUCUUCUACAUACCAUAAGUAUAUUGAUAUAUGAGUAUUAUUUCUUUUUCUUCU